UCAAGUCAAACAAACAAAGAUUGGUGUAGCUGGGGAACAACGAAAAGGUAAAAGAACAAUAACACUGCAUAUAUUCUUUGUUCCAGCCCAACCAUUUAUGGUAUAAAAAACAUGGAGAAAGCAGGUAUAUAUAUUGCCAACCACACGAUCUUUUCUGUCUAGACUUUAGAUAGAAGUACUUCAGCAACAAGUUUUAGAUCGAGCAGCAGUGAAGCUAUAACCAGAGUAGGAAGGUAUAAAUAAGAAUCAGUUUGUCUGUCUUGUACUUCAUAAAGGAUCAUGAUUUGAGGUCUAUGUGUCUGCGAGGUUUUCGUAAAUGGAUCUCAAAGAACGCAUGAUCAAGCUAAAACUCGACAUCCAAUCCUCAUUUUUAUGUAGACCUAAAAUGGAAAGAAGUGCAAACGAAGGAGUUAUCGUUCCACUUCCACUUACUCAUGCAACAAAGCCUAUGCUGAAAUGGACGCCUGAGCUGCACCAGUUAUUCCUUGACACAGUCGCCCGGCUGGGGGGCCUUGAUGAGGUCUCACCCAAAGUAAUGGUGCGAGCCAUGGGGAUACCUGGACUAACAGUGUUUCAUCUCAAGAGUCACCUGCAACGCGAGAGGUACAAACGAGCAAAGGCCCAAGGAUUAGUACACAGCAGGAGUCUAAGAAAUGCAAUGAGCAAUGGGGACCCUUGGAUUCAAUCAAUGGACGCAAUGGGCGGUAUUCGAAGGAUGAGAGGGGCGAUAUUCCCCCCAGAUGAGAACAUUCGCAUGGAAGAAGAAGCUAUACAGAAGCCAAUCAGCAUGAAAAGGGAAAUGCUUCAGCGGAUAGAGGUGCAGAAACACUUAAAACUACGAAUGGAAGCACAAACAAGGUAUCUUCAGACUGUAUUAGAGAGGGCAAAGACUGCACUUUCUUCAUACAACUUGGAUUCCUCAGGGGUGGAAGCAUUCAGAGCAGAGCUCUCAGAAUUGGCUUUGUCUGUAGUAAUCCAUGAUUAUAUGGACACAGCCAUCUCCAAGAACAAAGCAUCUGAAUUUGCAAGCCCACAAAUGGAAAACCAAAGGAUGACAGGAAUGGGAGCUUCUGGUUAUCAUGCUCCUAAGCCCCAGGUCAACUAUGGUUCAGGCAAUAGCACCUUAAGUUCACCUAAAAGCCCCCUAACUUCCUUAACGAUGGAUGUUAGCAUGCAAGGCCACAAUUAUGAACUUAGAUUUAAUAAAUCAUGCGUGGAGCUGAUCCCAGUGAUGCGGGGGGGGCCAAUGGUUGCAACAAAUAGGGCUUCACGAUCUAUAAAUGGUAAUAAUGCAGUUUCUCUGAUUCUUCAAAUGGGAGCAGACCGAAAGGAGGAAGGACAAGAGCCACCGUUAGGCAGAAAAUCUGUGAGAAUGGAAGAAUGUAAGAGAGUCAAAGAAACUGAUAUUGGCAUAAGAGAAACUGACAUGGAACCUCCACAUGUGGAUCAAGUGAGCAGUGUGAGUUUCAUGAAAUCAGUGGAACCCAGUGACAAAUUGGGAAACCAUGAAAAUGGUGGCUUGAAAUUGGUGAUGGGGUUUGAUCUGAAUGCUUGUUGUGACCCACUGAUCAUCGCCAUUGACAAGUGAAUAUGGAUUGCAUUACAUGGCUUCACCGUGUUACGGGGAAAAUCUUUCAAGAAGCAUGUAACUCUCAAUGUGUCUUUUCCCUGUUUUUAUAUUUUGCCUAAAGUUCAUGAAUGUUUUUGUUUUACAGUCUACUAGAGGAUAAAAAACUGCAAUUUCAUUUUUCUUAAAGAGCUAUAAUGGGUACUUCAAUUGCAAAAUAAACCUUAGGUAGUAGUAAAGUGUCUUUUCUCUUCCUUUCGAAGGCCACAGCUCAACAUCGUCAAAAGGUUCAAGAAAAGCUGUAAGGAAGAAGGUUGUCUCCUUCACUUGAUGGCUACGGCCAGGGCUUCUACUCAAGAAAUCCUUGUUCAGUGUCCCUCUGGUUUGGAGGUCUUGUCACCAUGAAAGCAAGUGGAGAAUAUGAGAACAAUGCACUGUCAUUUUAUUGCUCAUGUGACUUCAAGUAUACAGUCAUCCCACAGAUGUAAUAAGGACUAAUCUAAGAACGGUGGAAUUCUGUAAUCUUUGAAGCGAGGCUUACAUGACAUCAGUAAAUUAUUGUCAUUUUUGUGGAAA